AUGGCUUCCACGAUAUAUUCAGUGGUGAAGAUCUUUAGCAUAAACCGCACGGCUGAUCCUUCACAUCCGUGGACUGCUCCAACCAGCAAUCCUUGUUCCGGUUCUGGAUUUGUUAUCUCGGGUCGGAGGAUCAUAACAAAUGCGCAUGUCGUAACCGGUGCCACAUUUAUCCAAGCUACAAAACUGAGUUCCGGAACUAAAUAUAAGGCUACAGUUUUGGCUUUUGGCCAUGAGUGUGAUCUAGCCAUAUUGCUCAUCAACAAUAAUGAGUUUUGGAAAGAUUUGGAACCUUUAAAUCUUCGUGGAGAAAUGCCCAAUCUUCUAGAACCGGUUCGAAUUGUUGGAUAUCCACAAGGUGGGGAUAGCAUCUCAAUCACAGGUGGCAUACUUUCAAGGAUCAACACAUAUGUUUAUUCCCACAGUCGAGGCGAACUCGAACUCCCGGUGCUUCAAGUUGAUGCAGCUAUUAAUUCAGGAAAUAGUGGAGGUCCCGUUUUCAUCGAAAAUGAAGUGAUUGGGGUGGCUUUCGAGAGGCUUCCUAGUGGAGACAAUAUCGGGUCAGGUUCUGUGACUUUUUGA